UGACAAGCAAACAGAAUAAAAAAUCAAACUGUUUAUGAAAUGGGACGUCACUUUUCUCUUCCAUGAAUACAAUAAAAUUUCACAAACAGAGCUUUCAGUGGUUUGUUAUGUGUUUAUAAUAUAUCAAACUGUUAAAUUUAGUUAGUGUUAAAAUAAAAUGGCAGAUUUUGAUGCAAUUUAUCCAGACGAGACGGAGAGCGAGGAGAAUAUAGAGGAGACACAUGUGACGUUAGUUCCUGAUCCCAUCGUCAUUCGAGGAGCUGGUAACAUGACAGUUUUUGGUCUCAGCAACCGGUUCAACACAGAGUUCCCCUCCGGACUACAAUCCCGCGUGGCACCUGAGGAGUACCAGGCGACGGUAGCGCGGAUCAACAGUGUUUUGAAGAAAACAUUACCUGUCAAUGUCAAGUGGCUAUUCUGUGGGUGCGUUUGCUGCUGCUGCACUUUAGGAUGCUCUCUCUGGCCAGUCAUAUGCCUUAGUAAAAGGACACAACAUUCUUUGAAUAAAUUGUUAGAAUGGGAAAACAGUCGACUUUACAAUAAGCUGGGUCUUCGCUGGCGCCUCACAAAGCAGCACUGCGACUCAUCUUCCAUGAUGGAGUAUGUACUUCUUAUAGAGUUCAUCCCUAAAAUACCAAUAUACCGGCCGGAUUAAAUAGCCAAUGCUACUGGCUUGUACAAUUUGUAAAUAUAAAAAAACACGCAUCCGCCAUCAUAUCGAUCGAAACUUACGUAUAUAUCCAUGUUACCCUGUUAUGUAUGAACUAAAGUAGAAAAUAUUUAUGUAGAUUUUGCACUACAAACUCGUCUUACAGUGUUUACUAAUUAAUUGAACUUACAAAUUAAUCAUUCUACAAUAUAAAAGUUUAACAUCUAUCCAAUCGUUUAGGUUAUGCUAUCAAUUAAAUUUACAUAAUACAUCUUUAUUAUUAUAUUUGAACAGAUUGGAUGCAGAGUCAAAACAGGCAAGGUGUAGCUUGUUGUCAAGUAAAAUAAUUAAAUUUUGCUAGCUAUGUGUAAAUAAUAAAAAAUGUUCUAAUAUUGACAAAUAAGUGGUGUUAUUCGCUUUUUGUGUAUAGUUGCCACAUUAUGAAAUUUGCAAGCUUAGUUUGUUUAAGAAAGCGAUGUUAACUUAAUGUGUAAAAUUAUCUCUAAGGUUACUCAAAAUGAUCUAACGGUGAUGGUACUCUGGAAAACAUGUUAUAUUUGUAUUGUAAUACUAUCAACUAUUUAAUUAGAUAUGACCAGUUUUUCCAGUAGAAUGUUGAACAUCUGUAGAUGCAAUCAAAAUGUAUUGGAGAUAAUUUUUGCUAAUGUCGGUGUAUUUUUAUAAAACCUGGUGAAUCUUUAAUAUUUUAAAAGUCACUUCUAUUAAAAACAAUUUUGUAUCAAAUAUAUAAUAAUAGUAAAAUACUUGAUACAAAAUUGAUUUUUUUACUAUUAUUACUAAUACUAUAUACGACAUAUUUUGGCAGAGUAUAAUGUACGUACAUCAUAAGUUGUAAGAAUUGCAGUUGGAUACCGCCUGUUUGGUGCUGGCACGGAAUGUUUUGAUAUUUACCGAAUUCAUGAUUAUUUGGUCGUCUGGCCAAAGAUUUAUAACAAUCGAAUUUAAUUUUGCAAUAUUUCCUCUAGAUCUAGGUUCCCAAGUUAGACAUUACUUAAGAUACCUUUUAUCUGAUAGUUAUGUUUACAUUUUUUUCUUGAUUAAUACCUAACUACGGUUCCUAAAGCUAUAUGUAUAUGUAUAUACAUUUAUAGAUCUUAAAUUUGUACAAAGUGUAAUUUCUUUAGAAAAAAUAUUAGUUUUACUUAAUAAAUUUUAUUAGUUUCUAAAGAUUUUUGAUUAUGUUACAAUAUGAACUGUUUCAAACCGGUAAAUGACUUAACACUAGUUUCGUUAUGUGUUUGUCCGUGAACGAUCACUAAACACUGACAUGUGAUACAUGUUCACUCAUUUUUAUUGCACUUGUAAAUAACUCUCAAAUUCAUUCUAAUCUCCUUUACUGUUCUGGAAAUAUUAUUAUAAAAAUAGAUUGAACAGCUAUCUAAGUAACAUGUUUAUGAUUUGUACCUGAAUGUCUUGAAGGGGAAAUUAGUAUGGGACGCCAUAGGCAAGACAGAAAUUGUUAGACAAACAUUGUGUUAGGGAAAUGUUCGGUACUGUGUUAUUAUAGUUAAUUAGUGGAGUAUAUAUAUUGUUGUAUGUAUUCUACAUUAGAAGCCUCGCCCUCUUUUCCCUUUUCAACAUGUUGUGGAUGAGAAGUUUUCACGAACUCCAAACUGAUUUUCGCCAUUUACGCAUAUCUCAAAAUAUACAAUUUUAUGUUUGGUAUUUCUUAUGCACUGGCAAUGGUAAAGUCUUGCCAUCAACAAGUUAUGAACUGUUUUGUUCAAAGCAACGGUUGAAAAGCGAACAGGGUAUGUUGACAUUAAGUUGUAAUCUAAGGAAUUGUAAAUAUUUUAUGUACCUAUAGAUUAUUUUUGUUCAAAUAUUAAAUCUCACUAAUGUGAAGAAAAUAUACUUACAUGUUUUAUUGUAAUGGUCACUGAUCGACAUGCCCAAGGUGUGUACUAAAUAAAAAAAUGUGUAUAUUUCA